CGAACGGAGCUAGAGUUCUCUGUCUCUCGGCAUUUUGCUACUACUGUCACCUGGAGCGGAGUGCACCCCUGCGGCUGUAUGUAUUGUCACCUGAGCACUAAGGGACGAGCAGUUCAGCCCUUCUCAGUGCUGGCUGGAUUUGCUUGUAUUUGUUCCCAGUCGCCGCUCAUGUAAUGCACUCCCUUAACCAGGAAAUUAAGGCAUUCUCCCGGAAUAAUCUCAGGAAGCAAUGCACCAGGGUGACCACGCUAUCUGGAAAGAAAAUUAUAGAAACAUGGAAAGAUGCCAGAAUUUAUGUUGUGGAAGAAGUAGAGGCGAGCAGUGGGGGUGGCUGUGGUUAUGUGCAGGACGUUAGCUUGGACCUGCAAGUUGGCGUUAUUAAGCCUUGGUUGCUCCUGGGGUCACAAGACGCUGCUCAUGAUCUGGAUACACUGAAAAAGCACAAGGUGACUCAUAUUCUCAAUGUUGCAUAUGGAGUUGAAAAUGCUUUCCUCAGUGACUUUAUAUAUAAGAGCAUUUCUAUAUUGGAUCUGCCUGAAACCAAUAUCCUGUCUUAUUUUCCAGAAUGUUUUGAAUUUAUUGAACAAGUGAAAAUGAAGGAUGGAGUGGUUCUUGUUCAUUGUAAUGCGGGAGUUUCCAGGGCUGCUGCAAUUGUAAUAGGCUUCCUGAUGAAUUCUGAUGAAAUCUCAUUUACCAGUGCUUUUUCUUUGGUGAAAAAUGCAAGGCCUUCCAUAUGUCCAAAUGCUGGCUUCAUGGAGCAGCUUCGUACAUAUCAAGAGGGCAAAGAAAGCCAUAAAUGUGACAAAAUACAGGAAUUAGAAGGGGAUAACAGGUCGUGAGUUACAUUUUAGUGGAUGAUGGACCGCUGUAAUUUCUGAAUUGGCCUCUCCAGUCACCUCUCCACUUUUUUGAAGUAGACUAGUGAAAACUUCCUUUUCUCUUGCUGUUUUCAAGUGGAAAUGGAAGUCAAUGGAUUGUCCUGAGCUAGUGUAUAAAUAAACAUUUAAGUUAUAUUAGUUUUCUUUGGUAUUAUAGUGUGUGAUUAAAUGCUUCUUUGAUUUGCUAAGGGAAAAUAACAGUGUAUUACCAAUAAUUGACUUCUGUAGAAGGAAAAGGUUUAAAUUUAAAAUCCGUAUUAGAGCAUGGAAAAAUCAGUUGAUUGAAACUUUUGCUAUUUUUAUAUUCCAGCAACUGUUUCCAUGAAGGAAAAAACUUGAAGUGCUAUUUGACGUACUGUUUCAGAGGGAAGUAAAUUUCUUUGUAAAGAAUUUAAGAUUAAAAACGAAUACCUUAAACUUCCCAAGAGAGGUAACCAAAAUCUGGAGGUUUACACAAUAUCUAUAUAGUGGUUACAAUAUUCACAAAAUUUUUGUUCUUUUAUGAAAACUUACCCACUUUUCAUUUUUAUUUUUACUUUAAUUCUAUCGCUUGCGUUUAUUUUUUAUUUUUAAAAUUUUUUGCAUACAUGUUCUCUCUUACGUUAUUGUGAGCUUAUGGUUCUUUAAUUAGGUGACCUGGGCUGUUUUUUUUAAUCCUGGGUCCCUAGCAUUCUGUUUUUGAGUCCCAUGUCAUAAUUUUUGGUCUUCUUGGAUCUGUUUUACACUGAAAGUUCAUUUUUUAGAUGGGAUUUGUUCAAUGAUCUGUUUUCUAGUUUGGUAUUCGACUAGAGGACAUUUUUAAGGAAAGAAGACUUAUGGUUUUGUAGGAAAUUUGAAAUACAUUGUUAGGAAGCCUAACAUAAUUUGCUAUUUUAUUUCCAGCCAGAGACUUUGAAUCAUUUCUUUUUUUUUUUUCAUUGUCUCCAUAUUGGCAAGGCUGAAUUCUGUACAUUAUAAAUUUGCUUAGGGGUCAGCCCCGUGGCUGAAUGAUUAAGUUUGAGCGCUCUUCUUUGGCGGCCCUGGGUUUUGCUGGUUCAGAUCUUGGGCGCGGAUAUGGCACCACUCGUCAGGCCAUGCUGAG